UAUUUAUAUACGGAGUGAAAGGAAUGAAUUUUUUCGUCUGAAAAGGAAUUUAUUUAAUUUCAAAUUUGAAAAAAAAAUAACAACAAAAAAAAAAAGGAAUUUAAUUGUUUCUGUAACAGAGUAACAGAAAAGAAAAAAAAAUACAACAAAAUACCCCCUCCACCGCAAAAAUCCAUACUCCCCCCCAACCAAUUAACCAAUCUGUGGAAGAAGCGUGAAAAGAGAGGAAACUAUAACAAAAACCACUUGAGAGAGAGAGAGAGAGAGAGAAAGCGAGUGAGUGAGAAAGAAAGAGAACGAAAGAGAGAGGGAGGGAGAGAGAAAGAGAGGAAAAGAUAAUUAUUAAAAGUCGACCGCUGACAGAGGAUAUAUUUUUACCCCUGCUUUUAAAUUAUCGGUUUUAUCAAGGUGUCUGCUGCUUUUAAUGUGUUUUCCUCACUAUUUGGCUGCAAAAUAUGCAGUUAUGGUCAAGUUGCAAUUCACUUAGCAACUUCCCCCAACAAUCUACCACAGCUGCUGCAUCCCAUCUUGAUAUCUCUUCAAAAUCUUUGGAUAUACAAAAAUAAUCAAUCAUUGGAUAUUUUUGCUAUCGGAUAUAUAUAUCUAUCUAUCUUAUCUCAUCAUUGUAAGCAUAUCAAUAAGGACAUUUCCAAUCAUCUUGUCUUGUGAAGCUGUUCAUAAAGGCUUCACAUUUUGGGUGAAGCUGUGGUAUCAUGCUUUUCCCAAGAAAAUUAAUGGUGAUGAAGACAGAUUUUUCACCGUUAUCCAGCAUUUCUAUGCUUGAUAAGUUGCAUUAAAGUGGAGAGACUAUUGUACUCUCAGCUGAAGGAUUCUGAGUUAAUGCAGUGGCAAAUUUUAAAGAUCUGUUUUUACUCAAAAUAAGAAAAUAACAAUUAAAACCCAAAGAAGAACUAAUCACCUGAGAAAAAGAAUUCACCUGAUCAAUUUUGAACACAUAACCAAUCUGGUAGAUCAUUGAUUGAGGGUGUCUUGCAUCCUUGGAGUGGAUUUAAGUGAAAACUGCGGUGGACUAUAUAUUUUGGAGGUGGUGUGGUGUGGUGCUGGAGCGAGCGACAAGGCCCCCUCCACACCUGAACAAAGCUGCUGCACAUGGAUCCCGGCAAUAAACGAGCUCGUUUUGACAAGCCAGAAAACUGGACAUCGUCAAUAAAUGGGAAGUCAGUGAUGGAUAACUGGAACGCCUCAUUGAACGGAAAGUCCAUAAUGCCAUAUAAUAUGGCUGCAGUCCGCGGUCCUAUACCGAACGGACCAAUGCACCAAAGACCCCUGAUUGCGUUGUUGGACGGCAGAGACUGUUCUGUAGAGAUGCCAAUACUAAAAGACGUGGCUACAGUAGCGUUCUGUGAUGCACAAUCAACUCAAGAGAUUCAUGAAAAGGUACUGAAUGAAGCUGUAGGGGCUCUUAUGUGGCAUACUAUUACUCUGAAUAAAGAAGAUCUGGAAAAAUUUAAAAGUUUGCGAGUCAUUGUUAGAAUAGGAAGUGGACAUGACAAUAUCGAUGCAAAGGCUGCUGGGGAAUUAGGAAUUGCUGUCUGUAAUGUGCCCGGAUAUGGCGUGGAAGAAGUUGCUGAUUCGACGAUGUGUCUCAUUUUAAAUCUCUACCGAAGAACGUACUGGCUGGCAAAUAUGGUACGUGAAGGUAAAAAAAUCAAUGGCCCCGAACAGUUGCGUGAAGCUGCCCAGGGUUCGGCUCGAAUUCGAGGAGACACAUUAGGAAUUGUUGGACUUGGUCGUGUGGGAACCGCUGUUGCGCUUCGAGCAAAAAUAUUUGGUUUUAAUGUAAUUUUUUAUGAUCCUUAUUUAACGGAUGGAAUUGAAAAGGCAUUAGGAAUCACACGGGUAUAUACAUUACAGGAUCUCCUGUUCCAAAGUGACUGUGUCACUCUUCACUGUAAUUUGAACGAACACAACCACCAUCUAAUCAAUGACUACACCAUCAAACAGAUGAGGCCCGUGAAAGUGAACAGCCAAAACCCGGGAGAAUUCGGUAAUGGGGCAAGCAAAGGUGCUUUCCUUAUCAACACUGCUCGAGGUGGUCUGGUGGAUGAACUUGCUCUAGCUGCAGCACUGAAAGAAGGCCGUAUUCGGGCAGCUGCUUUAGAUGUUCAUGAGAGUGAACCAUUUUCAAUGGCAAACAGUGUUCUCAAGGAUUGCCCAAAUCUGAUCUGCACGCCACAUUCAGCUUUCUACAGCGAUCAGAGUGUCUCGGAACUACGCGAAAUGGCAGCCGGGGAGAUAAGACGAGCGAUUAUUGGCCGGAUACCAGAGAGUCUACGCAACUGUGUGAACAAGGAGUAUUUUCAAUCAAGCAACAUUCGCUAUCCAUUCCCAGCUACCGUCUACCCUGACAGUGUAAAUGGUCCCGCAUAUGCAUUCAACCCGGCCGCUGCGGCUGCUGUUGCGAUGGGGGUCCAUUCGACCACUCUUGACACCCACCCAGCAGUGGUGCAGCAUACUCACAACACCCCUCAUAGCACUCCACACAGCACUCCACACAGCACUCUACCAGAUUCGGGCAAUCACAUGGCUAAGGCUGAAAGUUCAGAGGCUCAUCUUUGGCUGCCAUCGUUGUAAUAGUAAAUAAAUUCUAUACCAAUAAAGCACUACUUCAGUACAGUGGCUUAUGACCUUGUUCCAGUAUGAGAUUUUAUCACAAUAACAAUAACAAUAAUCGAAGAAACAAUGGCAGUGUUCACAUUAUAACGUUGCCGAAAUGACUUUUGACUUCUAGAGACAAGGGAGAUAAUUUGUGAUCGUCUUUUCAACAUGUUCUUUAACUUCAUCUGAGCAUCAUUGAUUAAGGCCAUGCUGGGGCAUCACCUCAUGAAACAACUUUCCAUUUUUCUAAUGCAGCUCAUGAAAAUUUUGGCUGUAGGCUCUUUUUUUUUUCUGUGAAAAUUUUUUCUAAAAAAUCAAUUUUGUAAUUAUAUCUACAUUGGCAGAGAAGAACGUAUAGGGAUGAAGACUACAAAACAAGAUCAAAUAUACACGAAUGGUUACAACUACCAUUCUUAAUUCAAGACUCACAGGCAUACUAUUUAACUUUAUUUCUAGAAAUUCUAUCAUCGUCAUCGCCAUUUAACGUCCGUUUUCCAUGCUGGCAUGCAUUGGAUCAUUCGACUGGAUCUGACUUUUCUGAUGCAGUCUAAGAGAGAAGGUGCAUGGCUUAGUGGUUACAGGUGUCAGGCUCCUGAUCGUAGGAUGUUGAUCUCGAUUCCUGGACAUGGUGAUGCGUUGUGUUCUGCAGCAAAACACUUUAUUUCAUGUUGCUGCGGUGCAUUCAACUGGUAAAAAUAAGUACUCUUGUUAUGGACUUGCGUCCCAUCUUGGGGAAGGGAAAAAUAUACGCCUCAGAAAUCGAGGAACUGGUCCCAUUAGUAUAUUAUGUUUCCGGAAGGAAUUUUUAUCCUAUAUUUUGUAUGGGUGGAUAUACUUCCUAACGGCCACACAUUUUACACACUGUACUAGGUGCUUUUUAAAAAAAUUUAAUUUCAUGACACAAACACUAAAGAAGUUAGCAACUAACUCACAAGACGAAACCCCUUAACAGAGUUGGUGUGUAGUAUUGAGAGAGGUUCUUCGUGCUAGGCAUAGAGUAGUUAAAAUACGAGGGACAGGGAUGUCUACUCCCGUCAGAAAAAGAAAUGUUGGCCGUGAUGAGAUGUCGGGGUGUAACAUUCAAGGUACAUGACGGUGGACAGAGAAAGAACAGGGGUAGAAAAUCGACAAAGGUUGGGUGGGUUUAAGGGAAAGCGACAGACGGUUGAGAUAGGGACAGAUUUGAAAGUAGUGUAUAUUUAGUUGGUAACUUUUGAUUUCGCUUUGCACUUACUUCCUCUGCAUUUUACCUUUCCUAAAUCCCAGUUUCCAAUUGAGAUGCAGGUUAUCUUGAAUGCCAGUAUUUUGGUUAUUUAGUGGUCUUAGGCUCAAAUCCAACCUACAAAAUAUUUUAUUAUGAUUCUUUUUGAUUACUAUAUCUAGUUCUCAUACUGACUUAGGGUACCUAAAAGCAUGGCUACACACACACACACACACACACACACGCAAGCACAAACGCACAUUGUGUUGGAACAAAAGUUUAUACUGUUUAUUAAGUAAAACUAGAAAACAGUAUUUCGAUAUUUAUGCCUUCUUUUUGUUCAGCCACAUUUGUCCCAGUUUGCCCCUCUACCUUUCGCCGUCUUCGAGGCAGCUUCAUGAUUCCAUCCUCCCAGAACUUUGUAUCUUCUUAGGGUCAUCAUGAAUAUGUCUUGGUAGUUUUUACAGUUUUCCAAAGAAACGAAGUUCUUUCCUUUAAAAUAAUUUUGUAAGAAUCGAAAGAAACUGUAAUCCGAAGGUGCACGGUCAGGUUGGGUGCGGUAGGACAUCUCAGCUAAGAUGGACCAACUUCUGUCGGGUCUGCAAGGAAAGGUGUAGUCUAGCGUUAUCUUGAAGGAGGAUUUACCAAUUCUGAAUGUUUUUCAUCGAUUAUCUCCUUUAAUCGGUCUAAUUGGACGCAAUAAUUGAAUUCAACGUCCAAUUCUGUAGAAGGUGCUCGCAAUAGACAAUGCUCUUCCAAUCCCACUAAAUGCAGAGUAUCACUUUGUGAUGUACUUUUGGAGUAAUUAAAUGUGGUUAAUUGAUUAAUUUUGUCUUGUCCAGAACCUUUUUGUUCCAUACGAUUGUUCUGUUCCAAAAAUGCAUCGUUUCUGUUGCAUUUAGAGAGAGAACUGCAAAUUGAAAUGCAGUCUAUAAUUUUUCUUCCCGUUACAUUCUGAGACAUCUAGACAUUAUAACAAUUCACAUAUUCAAGUGUUUUAGAUUCCUUAUAACGCUUACGAGGUAUGGUGAGUAUCUCUACAAUGUUUUGUGUCGUGUCAUCUGUAUCAUUUCUGAUUAGUAUUUCUGUUUGGUCAUCAUCAAGUUUAGACCUCAGAUCAACAUUUUCACACCUAAUCCUAGCGAAUCACUUACGAACAGUCCUCUCAGCUAUGACGCCAUCCCCAUAAAUUGUACAAUCUUUUUUUGCGCUUUGUACAGCGAUUUUUUUUUUUUUUUCUUCUUCCCUUCUCAAAACAUACAAGCUUCAAAUAAUGAAAAUGUAUCCCAUUUUCCUCCAUUUUCACUUUAGAAAUAAAAAAAAGCAGUAGAAAUAAACUAUCCACAUAGUAAUUACAUAGAAAGACAUGUUGAACCGUUCCCAUUCAGAAAAAAGAAAAAUGUUAUAUGCUUCUGUUGCGUGAGAAACAAAAUUCUGUGUUUAAACACCACAAUCUGAAAACCGGUAUAAACUUUUGUUCCAACCCAGUUUGUGUAUUGUAUAGGGGGCCUGGUGCGGCUGUAUGGUUUGGAGUUUGCUUCCCAACCGCAUGGUUACAGGUUCUGUCCCACUGCGUGGCACCUCAGGCAAGUAUCUUCUACUAUUGCUUAGGCUGACCAAAGCCUAGCAUGUGGAUUUGGUCGACAGAAACUGAAAGUAGCUCGUCGUAAUAUAUAUAUGUCGCAAGGAGGUACAUGUUGAGGCCUGGAAAGUUCAAGCAGAAUAUGUGUGUGUGUCACUGUCUUGUAACUUGACUUCGCGUGAUAGUGGUAAAAGAGUGUCAUCGUGAUGUCCUUCGUUUUCAUUGUUACGGGAUGGGAAUCCUAUCUGGGUUUGGAGGAAUGAGGGUUAGCGACCGGAAGGCCACCCGGCUGUAGAAAAUGCUCCCAAACAAUCUAUGCCUGACUCAUAUACGCAUGGAAAAGUGCACGUUAAAACGACGAUGAUGAUAUGUGAGUAAGAAGUUUGCUUCCAAACUACCUGGUUUCAUGUUCAGUUCCACUGCAUGGUACUCUUGAAUAAUUGUCUUCCAUAGGUUUGGGCCGACCAAAGCCUUCUGAGUGGAUUUGGUCGACGGAAACUGAAAGAAGCCCCAUUAUAUAAAUGUGUAUCGUAUCUCUUUGCAUCUCCUUGUACUGCUAUAGCUUUGGUAGCUAUAAACGAGCCUCCCUGCCACAAAACCAGUACUAUAAAUCAACUCAUAUAACUCAUAUGACAUAUAUAAUACGCGCGCGCAUGUGACAAGUGAUCGGGCACCAAACAGGAUUGCUUGUAACAUUUAGAGUCAUUUGUCACUAGUUCUGAAAUAAAAAUAUUGCUGGCAACGUCUAACCAGGAUUAAUAAAAGGCGUACCACACAUG